AGACAAAAGAUGAAAUUCAUUCCAUUACUAAAACCCUUACUAGUCAUUGUAAUAACCUUUGGUUUCACCAUUUUCUUUGUGCUACUCUCUAAGCCAACAACAACAACAAACCCAUCUUCCACUAAAUCCAAUACCAUGGCUUCUAGAAGUUUUGUUCUUUGGCUACAUGGGUUGGGUGAUUCUGGCCCUGCUAAUGAACCAAUAAAGUCAUUGUUCACUUCUCCUCAAUUCAAGAACACAAAAUGGUCAUUUCCUUCUGCUCCUUCUAAUCCAGUUACCUGCAACUAUGGUGCUGUUAUGUCAUCGUGGUUUGACAUUCAUGAAAUACCAGUGACUGCUAGUUCGCCAAACGAUGAGAGUGGUCUGCUCAAAGCGGUUAAGAAUGUUCAUGCAAUGAUCGAUAAAGAGAUCGAUGCUGGCACUAAUCCUAAUAAUGUUUUCAUAUGUGGAUUUAGUCAAGGAGGUGCGUUAACAUUAGCAAGUGUUCUUCUGUACCCAAAAACUCUAGGAGGAGGUGCCGUGUUUAGCGGAUGGGUCCCCUUUAAUUCUUCUAUGUUAGAGAAACAAACUCCUGAAGCUAAAAAGGUAAUUGUCUGAUACUAACUUCUACUU